GAGCACCGUGCAGCUUUGAAGAUAAUGAAAGAGAAGUCGAAAAAUGCGGCCCGGACUCGGCGGGAGAAGGAGAACAGUGAGUUUUAUGAGCUGGCCAAGCUGCUGCCGCUGCCCUCCGCCAUCACAUCCCAGCUCGAUAAAGCCUCCAUCAUCCGCCUCACCACCAGCUACCUGAAAAUGAGACUGGUCUUUCCUGAAGGUUUGGGGGAGUCAUGGGGCCAUGUGAGCAGAGCCAGCUCUUUGGACAAUGUAGGCCGUGAACUCGGAUCCCAUUUACUACAGACUUUGGACGGCUUUAUCUUCGUGGUCGCCCCGGAUGGGAAGAUCAUGUACAUCUCCGAGACCGCGUCUGUGCACUUAGGCCUGUCCCAGGUAGAGCUGACGGGGAACAGUAUUUACGAGUACAUCCACCCCGCUGACCAUGAUGAGAUGACCGCAGUGCUCACCGCGCACCAGCCUUACCAUUCCCACUUCGUGCAGGAAUAUGAAAUGGAGCGCUCAUUCUUUUUGAGGAUGAAAUGCGUCCUGGCUAAAAGAAACGCAGGCUUGACGUGCGGCGGAUAUAAGGUGAUCCAUUGCAGUGGCUACCUAAAAAUCCGGCAGUACAGUUUAGACAUGUCUUUGUUCGACGGUUGUUAUCAGAACGUGGGUCUGGUUGCCGUGGGUCACUCCUUACCCCCCAGUGCAGUGACGGAGAUCAAGCUCCACAGCAACAUGUUCAUGUUCAGAGCCAGCCUGGACAUGAAGCUUAUCUUCCUUGACUCCAGGGUGGCGGAGCUUACUGGCUACGAGCCACAGGAUUUAAUAGAGAAGACUCUUUACCAUCACGUCCACAGCUGUGACACCUUUCACCUACGCUGUGCACACCACUUGUUGUUGGUGAAGGGUCAGGUCACUACAAAGUACUACAGGUUUUUGGCGAAGGAAGGUGGCUGGGUGUGGGUGCAGAGCUAUGCAACCAUUGUGCACAACAGCAGAUCCUCCAGACCUCACUGUAUUGUCAGUGUGAACUAUGUCCUGACGGAAACUGAGUAUAAAGGUCUACAGCUGUCCUUAGACCAAGCAGCAUCCAAUAAGCCAUCGUUCACCUACAGUAGCCCCUCCAACCCGGUUAGCGACAGCAGGAAGGCGAGUAAAAGCAGGGUGUCCCGCUCCAAACCCAAAACACGCCUGUCUCCGUACCCACACUAUCCAGGCUUCCACACUGAACGCUCUGAGUCUGAUCAGGACAGCAGCCCAUGGGGUGGGAGUCCUCUCACUGACUCUGCCUCACCACAGCUGUUAGAGCAAAGUGAAAGCAUGGACGCGUCCUGUGUGUACCGGCAGUUCUCAGAGCCCCGCCCCCUGUGCUACAGCCUGCCUCUGUCUGAGGAGCAUCACACCUCCAGCGAUCACCAAGGACACAGUCAUUCUCAGGCCUGCGAUCGUGGUCGCUGCGAGGCCGGCAGAUACUUCCUGGGUGCUCCACAGACUGGUCGUGAGGCGUGGUGGGGUGCUGCACGCUCGCUAUUGCCUCUACCCAAGUCGCCACCUGAGAAUGGAGAUGGGUACGAGUGUGCCAUGCCCCACAUCACCUCCAUCCACAGCCUACAUGUGCGAGGCCACUGGGAUGAGGACAGCACGGUCAGCUCUCCAGAUGCUGGCUCGGCCAGUGACUCGGGCGACCGAUACCGAGUUGAGCACUUUCGCUCGAGCCCACAGGAGCCCAGCAAGAUUGAGACGUUAAUCCGGGCCACGCAGCAGAUGAUAAAAGAGGAGGAGAGUCGUCUGCAGCUGAGGAAGAGUGGUCCUGAGCCAACUCUAAUGCCCGCUAAUGGUCUAGCUAAGAGCACCAGCUCAUGCUUCGGUAACGAGUUUGCCCAGUCAUCACUGCAGGGAGUUGUGUGUCGGGGUUCAGCUCAGGUGAUCAGUCCCGCCCCCAGCCCCACCCCUCUGUCUCGCAUCAGCAGCCCUAGCUCUGAAAGGUUGGCCAAAGCCAAAGACUUCCUGCAGACCGAGCUUUCGUCUCCGCAGCAACAACAGCAGCAACAGCUGGGCCUUGCGGGGUCCUGCGCUGUAUCUCCCACCCCUGCCCUCUACCCCUCUCACCCACGCCAGUAUCUGGACAAACACACUACCUACUCACUCAGCGGCUACACACUGGAGCACCUCUAUGAGGCGGACAGCUUCAGGGGAUACGCGCUAGGCUGCGCGAGCUCCUCCCACUACGACAUGACCUCUCACCUGCGCAUGCAAGCCGAGCAAACCACCAGCCAUAAAGGGACCUCUGUCAUCAUCUCCAACGGCAGCUGACGCUCAGACGAUGACUGUGUCUCCCAAAAAAGACCAAACAGUCAAUAGUUCUGUAGUUUCCUCUUCUGAGAUCUUUCAUGCUUACAUGUGUAUUGCUUAGAAGGACACUAGACCUCAGUAUGAAGGUAACUCAUGCAUUCAUGCAUUUAAAGUACUGACGAUUCAGAGGAACAUUAUUUUAAAAGUCACUAUUUUACAAUAGUCGCUGGUUAAGGAGGUUUUUAUGUCAGAAAUUAAACUACAGCUUUGGAAAAGGAAGUGACUGGUCAAGUAGAAAGACUAAUAUUAUAAAAUAAGAUUAUCUCCACAAAAAUAUAAGUGCUUCAAAUAUCUUUCUGCAGUCCGUAUUUUUUUAUGUUUAUUUGUUUUUGUUUUUAACUUAUACAAUGGCUUGAAUGAUCUAACUGUCUAUAAUGAUUAUGGUGAUUUGAGUGACUUAAGUCAUGUUUGACUUUCUGCAUUUCAUGUCCCAUUCAUUUUUUUUUUUUGUUCAAACCAAUGAAUUAUUGUUUAAAUACAACCCACCUUCCAUGUAUGGAAUAAAAGAUGAGACGUUUCAUAUAUUAUUGUACUAACAAAUAUCUGACACAUCUUAUCCAAA